AGAUUCGUACUCAUGAUCUGCAAAAUGCACCAAAAGCAAGAAGAUUCCUGAAAAGUUUUGAUCAACCUGAAGUAGUUGAUCUUACUAAGGAUCCCACUACGUUCCAGGAGUUUACCAAAUUCUAUGUCCAACUUCUAAUCGACGUAAUCCAAAAAAAAGACACCAGAAGCCUUCAUGGCACACAAUAAUUACCUGGAUCUUGAAAUGUUGUUCAAUGAAUGUAAUGCUCAACAUUACGAAAAUUUAGGAAUGUUCUUCAAAUGGCUUCAACAAUUUGCUGCUCAUCACGAAGAUCCAAAGAUCACAAUUAAAGAUUUCAAGGGAGAUAAAACAUCAGGAGAAAUGAUUCUUCAUGUUAAUACCUUCACUUUAUUCAAGUACAGACAAGAAUUUGACAUGAAAGUUAGCGCUUUGAAUGACAAUGGACUUGGGUGGAAGAUUUUGUUUGUUGACCGCAGUCUUGGGUGUAAUUGAUUCAUUUUUUGAAACCGAAUAAACUAAUUUGUUAAA